UACCACAACACCAACUGCCACUAGUGACUAGUAGUGGGGAAAGGGAAACGCAGUAGGUAGGGACCCACCAUGGCCAGGCACAAGAACUCGCCGCCGGCGAUCCGCCGCCGCGGGGUCGGGAUGCUCCGGUGGGCGGGGCGGGUCGCCUCGAGCAUCGUGCUCUGGACGGUUCUCCUCCAUUUCUCCAGCAUUCUCGGCCUCCCACGCCCGCCGCUCCUCGCCGCCCGGCCCUCCUGCCUAGGCGGCGGCAGCGGCAGCAACUCCAGCGCCUCCUCUGCUGCUGUAACCGUCGUUGCCGCCGAAGAUGUCGCGCCCCCGGUUGUGCCCCGCAGGAGGGUCUACAAGAGUAAUGGCUAUCUUCUUAUUUCAUGCAAUGGUGGUCUGAACCAAAUGCGAGCUGCGAUAUGUGACAUGGUAACUGUGGCACGCUAUUUGAACCUGACUAUGGUGGUACCUGAACUUGAUAAGCAAUCCUUCUGGGCUGAUCCUAGUGACUUUGGAGAUAUUUUUGAUGUAAAUCAUUUCAUCAAUUCUCUGCAAGAUGAAGUAAAGAUCAUCAGGGAACUUCCACAAAAAUUCAACAGGAAAGUUCCAUUCUCAAUGCAGCCAAUUAGCUGGUCUAGCGAGAAGUACUAUUUGAGACAGAUCUUGCCUCUUGUACGGAAGCAUAAGGUGGUGCGUUUCAGCAGGACAGAUUCUCGCCUUGCAAACAAUGGUCUUCCUCUGAAGUUCCAAAAGCUUCGUUGUCAUGCUAACUACAAUGCACUACAAUUUGCACCAUCAAUUGAGGCUCUUGGCAAAAAGAUGAUAUCAGCUCUUAGGAAAACUGGAUAUUUUAUUGUGCUUCAUCUGAGAUAUGAGAUGGAUAUGCUUGCAUUCUCUGGUUGUACACAUGGAUGUUCUGAUGAAGAAACAGCAGAACUCACAAGAAUGAGGUAUGCAUACCCGUGGUGGAAAGAAAAAGAAAUAGAUUCUGAAAAGAAAAGGCUUGAAGGACUAUGCCCCCUUACACCUGGAGAAACAACUUUAGUACUCAAAGCUCUUGGUUUCCCCAAGGGCACUCGGAUAUAUAUUGCCUCGGGAGAAAUAUAUGGCGGUGAAAAAAGAUUAACUGUACUGAAGACAGAAUUCCCUAACAUUGUUCGGAAGGAGAUGCUUUUAUCUGCUGAUGAGUUACGCCCCUUCCAGAAGCAUUCAACCCAAAUGGCAGCCCUGGACUAUCUUGUUUCUGUUGCUAGUGAUGUUUUUAUCCCCAGUAAUGACGGAAACAUGGCUAAGGUUGUUGAAGGACACCGCAGGUUUAUGGGCUUUUACAAAACCAUACAGCUGGAUAGGAAAAGGCUAGUUGAGCUUAUAGAUCUUCUUGAAGAUCAGGAGCUGUCCUGGGACGAAUUCUCUACUGCGGUGAAGGAGCUACAUGAGGGCCGAAUGAGCGAACCCACUAAAAGGAAAGCUAUUCCCGGACAGCCAAAGGAAGAGGACUACUUCUAUGCUAAUCCUCAUGAAUGUCUUGGAGCUGCAAGAAAGCGAAGGGAGAAGCUAAAACAUACUGAAACAUGAAAGCUGCCUUGUAGGCUGGUACAUACGAGACCAAAGUGAAAUGUGGUGAAGCAGUAUAAGUUGGAUGUCAUAGUUACUAAUUGUCUGAUCAGCUGACUUCAUGAAAGGCAAAAACAUUCAACUUCCUGACUUAACUGACCCCUGUGCUCAUAUUUUUGCUGAGCCACACCCCUGUGAAGUGCACUAGUGUGGGUGAAUAGGUAGUAACACGCGUCUGCUUGUGAGAGCUUCUGACGCAAAAACGAAGCAACGUUCUUCUGAGCUUGAUAAUCCACCUGGUUGGUGGAGUUGCUUAUGUCAUACAGAAACAGAAAACUUUAACAUCAUUUGUUCACCUUUUGUUCCUGUAGAUUAGUUCACUUUGAUUUGUUAACUGCAGAUGUAAUAUUUUUCUCGGUUCUGUCUAGGUGGUACUGUGGCAGAUGCCAUGUUGUAUCAGGUGGUUGUUUUUUUACUAGUUGAAGUACAUAUUCUGGUUUCAACUCCUAAGUGUGGAAAAUGCACUGUCAAUGGACCUACCUAGUGGGGUGAUUGAAUUGA